AUGACGGCGACUUUGUGGAAUCCGAGCACCCUACUGGCGUUAGGAGAUGGAAAAAGUGAGGAGACGUUCGGUGUGGUGAUCCUGAAUCAACCUAUUGGAGAUGAUGCUGAACUAUUUGGUCGGAUAUGGCGGAACGCGGCUGUUAGGGUGUGUGCAGAUGGUGGUUCCAACCGGUUGUAUGACCAUGACUCCAAUUACGUGCCAGACUACAUCACUGGCGACCUUGACUCCAUCCGUCCCGAAGUACGGCAGCACUAUCAACAAAAUCACAACAUCCCGGUCGUGGAGGACGGCGACCAAUACGCCACAGAUUUCGGGAAGAGCAUCAAACUGAUACAAAAGCUCCCGGAAAAGGAACGACCGCAAAGCAUUGUCGCCCUCCCCGCCUUCGGGGGCCGUGUCGACCAAUCCAUCCACGCAAUCCAGACCCUCUACGAAUGUGCGCAGCAAGGCAUCCGUCUCUACCUCCUCUCCAGCGAGAACGUUACAUUCCUCCUCGAACCUGGCCCCAACAAAAUUGUAUUGGAUAAGCAAUUGUUGGGACCUGCGUGUGGAGUUAUGCCGGUGGGAGAGCCGGUGAGGUGUACGACGAGCGGAUUAAGGUGGAAUCUGGAGGGGGAGGAGAUGAGGUUUGGGGGGUUGGUUAGCACGAGUAAUCUUGUGGAUGGGGACGUGGUGGAAGUUGAGACAGACAAACGUGUCCUAUGGACCGUGGAGUUUAGGAAGACACAGAUCUGA